AUGGUGUCUUCCGACGACUGGAUCUACGGGUUUGGUAAACUCAGUAUCAGGGGGGAGGAUCCUGACAAGGAGGAAGAGGAGAAGGAGGAGGAGGAGAAGGACGAAGAGGCGAAGGACGAAGAGGACGAGGAGGACGAGGACGAGGACGAGGAAGAGGACGACAAUGGGAAGGAUGCCUGUGAUAGAUAUCUUGAGGAGCAGGACUACGAGCAGAGAAGGACCAAGAAGUUUCACAAUUCGCGGGGGCAUGAGGAAUUCUUCUUUCCGGACAGGGAUGUCAGUAGUGAUGAGGAUCAGGAUUAUCCCGAUAGUGAUGACGAUGAUCGUGACAAGGAUCCGGAUUAUUGCGACGGUGAUGAGAAUUAGCAUUCUCCUUGGUGCCGUCUCCAAGUGAGGGCGAGCAAUGAAUUCUGCUUGUGUGAUGUUGGGCUUUGGUUUGCUGAUGUGUAGGAUGGGAUAGAGGCAUAGUUCGUUGUUUGGGUUUCCGGUUACAGCACAGCACGCCUUUGUAGGACGACUUGCUUGCUUGUAGGAGGAGUUGGGGGGUGCUUUGGAUGGGGAGAGUUCUGAGAGACAUCCAUCGCCUUGAGGGUUAGCGAGAAUCCAUC